AUGGCGAUCUUCAUAUGCAUCUAUGCGUUGCUGGCGCUUGGGCUCAACAUCCAGUGGGGCUUCGCCGGGCUGUUCAACGCGGGUAUCGCCGGUUUCUUCGCGGUCGGCGCGUAUACGUCCGCGAUCAUAUCGACGGCGCCUGCCGAUGGCCGCAUUGGCGGCUUUGACCUGCAUUUUGUCAUCGGCUGGAUCGGAGCGAUGCUGGCGGCUGGGCUUGUUGCCUGGCCGAUCGGAAAGAUCUGCCUGCGUUUCCGGUCCGACUACCUUGCAAUCGCCACCAUCGGGAUCGCCGAGAUUAUUCGACUGGUGAUCAAGUCCGAGCCCGUGCUCACCAAUGGAGCGCGCGGCAUAUCCGGCAUUCCCCGGCCGGCUGGCGAUCUGGGCUACAUGGAAUCGCAAAUCGCCUAUCUGAUCAUCGUUCUGGCGGUUCUGAUUGUUGCUUAUGUCCUCGUCGAGCGGCAGUUCAACGCACCAUGGGGCCGGAUGAUGCGCGCCAUCCGCGACGAUGAGGAUGCCGCCAGGGCCAUGGGCAAGAACGUGGAGUUCCGGCGGCUGGAAGCAUUCAUUUUCGGUGCCGCACUGAUGGGACUCGGUGGCGCAAUGUUUGCCCAUUUCAACAGAUCGAUCACGCCUGAGGCGAUCGAUCCGAUGGUGGCAACGUUCCUGAUCUGGAUCAUGCUCAUCCUUGGCGGAUCGGGUAACAAUCGCGGCGCGAUUCUCGGAGCUGCUGUUGUUUGGAUCAUUUGGUCCGUUUCAGAGAUUGCAACCGACCGUCUUCCGCAUGAAUAUGCGGUACAGGCAAAAUACCUCCGCUUGUUCCUGAUUGGUCUCAUGCUGCAGCUUGUGCUGCGGUUCAGACCGGAAGGACUGCUCCCUGAGCCUUUGAGGGGAGACCAGCGGUCAACGAAAUCCGGGGCGGACCGGCAUUAG